GCUCGCGGGACCUACGAUGAAGCCUGGGGCAGGUACUCGGAAGCCAUACAUUGGCCAGACACGCAGUUUGGUCCUUGCAGUUGAUAUCGGCACCACCUUCAGCGGUGUGUCAUACGCCAUACUCGAACCUGGCGAAGUUCCAAAGAUUCAUGGUGUCACAAGAUUCCCGGGUCAAGAACAUGUAGCGGGCAACUCGAAAAUUCCUUCGAUCAUCUAUUAUGACCAACAUGGGAAUAUGAAGGCUGCUGGUGCGGAAGCGGAUGGUGCAUCUGUUCUUGCUCAGGCUGAAGAUGAGGGAUGGAGCAAAAUUGAGCUCUUCAAGCUGCGCUUGCGGCCAAAGACCAUGACUCUGAAGAUGAACGGGAUGCGGCUAUCACCUCUACCUCCAGGGAAGUCUGCUGUGGACGUAUUCGGCGACUUCUUGUCCUAUCUCUUCCGCUGCACACAGUCCUUCAUUGUCGAUACCCACGCGAACGGUCAUGCACUAUGGCGGGCCGUCGAGCACGACAUGCAGUUUGUUUUGUCCCACCCAAACGGAUGGGAAGGAGCUCAACAGACCAAGAUGCGUAGGGCUGCAAUAAUCGGCGGGCUAAUCCCAGACACUGAUGAAGGGAAGUCGCGGAUAAGGUUCGUCACAGAAGGAGAAGCGAGCUUGCACGCUUGUGUCUUGAACGGUCUUGCCGCCGACGUGCUUUCGAAUCCGUCUGGUCACGGAUUCCUCAUUUUGGACGCAGGUGGAGGCACCCUUGAUAUCAGCUCGUACGCUAUUCGCGGGACGUCGCCUCUCGUAAUCGAAGAAGUCGCACCUCCAGACUGUGUCUUCGCGGGUUCAGUAUUCGUUUCACGCCGCGCUCGGGCUUUCUUCGCUGAAAAGCUUCAGAGUUCCAAGUACGGGUCUCCAGAUUCACUGGACCACAUUGCGAAGCGCUUCGAUGAGACAACGAAGAGACUAUUCAGAGAUAGCAAGGAGCUGCAGUUCGUGCCGUUCGGCAGCCCCUUGGAUAAAGACCUGACAGCUGGGAUUCGUGGAGGACAGCUUCGGCUGACUGGAGGUGAGGUGGCAGCCCUGUUUGAACCAUCAAUUCAGGCAGCUGUCGCUUCCAUUCGAUCCCAAAUACAAGCGUCCUCGGGACAAGUCAAGAGUGUGUGGCUCGUCGGUGGCUUUGCUGCCAGUCCGUGGCUAUUCAGCCAGCUGCAAGAGCAACUCAAUCCCCUCGGUGUUUCGGUUAGUCGACCCGACAGCCAGACAUCGAAGGCGGUAGCAGACGGUGCAAUUGGCUUCUACUGCGACCACCAUGUCUCGGCGCGUGUAUCAAAAUUCAUGUAUGGUGUCGAGUUCCUUCGGACGUUCGACCCGAACGAUGAAGAGCACCUUUCGAGAAAGCACCGACUAUUCGAGCUGCCUUCCGGCCCUAAAUUGCUUCCCGACGCCUUCGAUUGCAUUCUUGCUCGGAGCGUCAGGGUGAAGGAGUCUACUGUGUUCAGCCGCAAGUACUGCACGGAAGUGACAAACCUGUCCACGUUAUCUGUAUUCGAAGUGGAGAUUUGGUGUUACCGUGGAGGUGACGUCGUGCCAAAGUGGAUUCUCCGUAACGCAGAUCAUUUCUCAACGUUGUGCUAUGUUCGUGCAGACCUAUCGCCUCUUGCGUCAAGCGCACAGCCCAAGCAAGGAACAGGAGGGAAGCAAUACUGGACCAUCGUGUUCACAAUUGAGAUUCACUUUGGCCUCACGGAGUUCAAGGCUAGAAUCAAGUGGAUAGACCACGAUGUUAGUAUUGUGUAAUACCU